CUCUUGCUCACGCCAACACCAUCACCAACCAAACCAUGGCAGACGCCGACUCCCUCACCGAAAUCGAGCCCUCACCGGUAGAAGAAACGCCCAUCGAAUUCAAAGAAGGCUACUUCCCGCCCACCGCGCAUAGCAGCCGUCUCGGCCUCUCAGGCUCCCACACCACGCUCUGGUAUCUCUCGCGAAUCCAAAAGUACUCCACCUACGCCUUCUCCGCCUUCGGCCUCGCGCACAUCACCAACACCUCCAUCAUCCCCCUCAUCACGCAAAGCGUGCCCGCCAGCGAACCCUACCUUCUCCUCACCCGCCCUUACUACCAGGGCAUUCCCUUCGAGCCUAUUCUCGUUAUCGUCCCGCUAUGGGCGCACGUCCUCUCUAGCGUAGCAAUGCGCGUGUACAGAAGGAACCUCAACGCAAAGAGAUACGGAGACAGUGAGACGAAGGGGGCUAAGAACUUCUUUUCCGCUCGCUAUUGGCCCGCAGUAUCGGGGAUCAGCAAAUUGGGUUUCCAGUUCACAAUUCUGCUUGCCGGACACAUCUACCUCCAACGCGCGGUUCCGAACGACUUCCCCGGCGGCAGUUCGAAUAUCAACCUCAGCUAUGUGUCGCAUGCCUUCGCAAGACAUCCUGCCAUCUCUUUUGCGGGCUUCACGGCCCUGCUGACUGUAGGCUGCUUUCAUAUGACCUGGGGUUGGGCGAAGUGGCUUGGUUUCACUCCGGAUCAGGUCACGACUGUUGGUCAAGAGAGGGCACUUGUCAGGAAACGGAGGUGGUAUACUGUCAAUGGGCUUGCUGCUGGGCUGACGGCGUUGUGGAUGGCGGGCAGCUUCGGCGUGGUCGCAAGGGCUGGCGCGGCGAAUGGAUGGUUGGCGAAGCUGUACGAUGAGAUGUUCGCGUCGAUCCCGCUUUCCCGUUUGUGGGUGUGAACGGAUCGAGUUUGCUCUUCGUUGCUUGCAUGGCGUCGUGUAUAGAGAGAUACCCUGCUCAUAUAUGUACAGAUUCAUGACUGUCAGAUCAUUGCCCACUGAGCCAAAUUCUUCCUCGAAAUCAUCCGCUAGAUUCCUGUCUCGUUCUGAGAUUGGCUGAUAGCGAUGAAGGCUUGCUCGUUGCGCGGAUGUCGCGUGCCGCUCUCGUCUAUCCUGCCGAGUGGCUUGGAGCUGUUCCCUCGAAGAACGCUUCGCAGCUCCGCCGUCUUUCAGGCAGCUCGAGGCUUAUUGACUCGGUCACCGCAAAGACCUCGUGCUUGGCCUGAUGAGUGGAAUUGGCCAUCCUCACCCAGCGGCAGCCUGCUCCCUCUUAUGCCUCUCCUUCAACAUCUUCUCCGUCUUCAUAAACUCCCGAAUCCCCACCGGAAUGCCCGCGAACAAAUCCGCCCCUCCCUCCCCAAAAGA